AUGGCAGAUGAGCCGCUGUCCGACGACAAACCUUCACUGGAGUUGGAUCGAGAUGACAUCCAGCGAUUAAAGGAAGUCAUGCGUCCAGAUCCCGAUUGGAUCUCGUUCUCGUCCACAGAGGCGCGCUGGAUCAAUUUCAACCCCCAGAUGCGCGCUGUUUUCGGGAGAAGCAGAAGCUGUCGAUGUGAUGAAACUGCGGUAAAUGCAUGGAUCGAUGAGGCGAUGAGCGUGCUCUUUCAUUGGAUAUCGAAGCAGACGCAGGGCUAA